AAAAGAUAUUAAAAGAAAAUAAUCAGAUAAUAAAUAAUGAGCAAUAAACAAGAUGCUGAUUAGAAGAACCUAAAUUCGAUUUCUAGUCAUUCUGUAGUGAAAUCGCAUACGCAAUCAAUAAAAGAUAUAGAAUUAUCAGUUUAUAGAUGGGCUAUUCUGUUGUUGUACUUUUUAGUUGUUUUGGUAAAUGGAGUGCCAUAUGAAAUCUGUGUACCUAUCACUACAUUUAUGUCUGAUAUAUAUAAUGUUUCAACAGCUAUAGUAGCAACAGCUUCAACAGCGUUUAUGUUGAUGCAUCCUCUUUUAUCAUUUUUUGCAGCUUAAAGUAUUUUUAAAUAAUUUAAUUAGCUAUAUCUAAUUAUGGAUGGGCACCUGCUACUAAUUUAGGUGUAAUUCUGACUAUUAUGGGUUGCGCUAUAAAACUGUUGAUAAACAAAGCAGGGUAUAAAAAAGAGUCAUUAUAUAUAGAUUUUCAGUUUUAAUAAUUGGUUAAGUUCUAUGUGGAAUAGGAAGACCUUUUAUUUUAAAUUCUUAGGCAUCAAUGGCUAUGAGUUGGUUUCAUCCAAAUACAAGAAUUAUAAUAAUAACUCUACUUAAUGUAGUCACUACGUUAUCAUUGAUUAUAUCUGCAUUUAUACCUGGAAUGGUUUUUAAAGGUUAUAAAGAGGAAGGUGAUGAAUAAUAUGAAGAUGGAAAAAGUAGAAUGUAGAAUUUAUGUUUGCUUGAAUUUUACAUAAGUUUGGCUAUUGUGCCUAGUUUAAUUAUGUUAAAGAGUAGACCAAAUUAAGUACCAGUGAAAAUAAAUAAAGUUGAAAGAAAAAGAGGAAUGAUAAAAAUAAUGUUAAGAUUAUUUAAGAAUACAAACUUUGUUUUACUAUUUAUUCCAUUUAGUUUGUAUUUUGGAAUAUUAAAAUCAUUAUUAGUAAUAAUGGAAUUGUUAAUGGCUCCUUAUAAUUAUGAAGCACAUUAAGUGGCAGGUGUAGGUAUAGAAAUAAUAUUAAUAAACAGUUUCAUUUCCUUUAGUUGGUGGAUUAAUAGCAUAAGGAGCAAUUCCAUAUUUUAUAAACAAGUAUAAAAUAUAGAAACCAUUUGUCCGUUUAUUUUUAUUAUUAGCUAUUUUAUCUUUAGGAUUUCUAUAUUUUGCAUUGAAAUCAAGCAAUAUAAUUUAUAUGUACAUAGUUGUUUCUCUAUUGGCAAUAUUUACAAUGCCAAUAUUACCUGUAAUGAUGGAUAUGGGAUGUGAUUUAAUAUUUCCACUAGAUCCAUCAUUUGCAAUAGGUGCCUUUUAUAUGGGAAGUAUGUUGUUCUUUGUAAUUUUUACAUACUCUUUGACAUUUAUAACAGGAAAAGAUAAGGUUGAUUCAAGAGUAUUAUAUACAAACAUUUUUUCUGGAGGAAUGCUCAUUAUUGGAUUUUUGUGCAGUUUAUUUUUGAAAAUAGAUGAUUCAUAUUAACCUGUUGAGGUUGAAUAAUAAGAUAAAGGUUCAUUAGUUCAUCCUUUAGAAAAGAGUGUGUCAUAAGUUAAAGGAAAAGGGAUUUCUGUAUAUCGAGGAACUUAAUCAAAAUUGAGUGUAUAAUAUCAUAAAGCAUCUUUGUUCAGUGUACAGUAUCAAAGUAAUUUAGUGUUCACAUAACAAUAUCAGUAUUGUAGGUGAUGUUCCCCUUAUCCCAGGAGAAGAAGCAGAAGAUCUUUAUGAUUCAGAAGAAUAACCCUAAUAAUAAGAAUGAUAGUAAUAAAUUUAUGUAUAUCUACAUUAUUCUUUAAUUUUAUAAACGAG